AUGAAAACCCACGAUCCGUUGAAAACAGAAGAGGCCAACGACGCCGCAUGGGAGGCCGGGAAAGGCGCUCUCGUGGGCGCCGCGAAAUGGGGAGCAGGCGCCGCUGUUCUUGGCGCCAUCGGCUACGUCUGGUCGCCCAUUUACCGCGGAACAACAGUCCAGUUCAAAGUCUUACAGCAGCCCGCCCGCAGAUACCUCCAAAUGUCUGGCAUGGUGCUGGGAGGCAUGAUCGAAGCCGACUGGCGCCUGAGACAAUACGAAUACCAGAUGCGCAUGCAGAGAAGAUGGAUGAGGGAGAAGGCAAAGUGGCAGCGAUACGAGGAGGAAUUUGGAAAGAAUGAGGGCGAGAAGUGA